GUCACAAGCUUAUCUUUUAUAAUUGUUUGCUUUUUCUUGGAAACUUUCUUCUAUGCAACUCAUAAUUUAAUUUAGGAAGAAGAGGAAGAAGAAGAAAGCGUAUCCCAUACGUAAACCAUUGAUGGGCUCUAUCGAUCGCCAAAGAGCUGUCCCGAAAUUCAAAACAGCAACUCCAUCGCCGCUCCCUCUCUCUCCUUCGCCUUACUUCACUAUGCCUCCUGGCCUUACUCCCGCCGACUUUCUCGACUCACCUCUUCUCUUCACUUCCUCUAACAUUUUGCCGUCUCCAACGACAGGAACAUUUCCGGCGCAAUCUCUGAACUGGAAGAACAACGGUUUGCUCAUUGAGCAGAAUGAAAUCAAAUAUGAUGUGAAGGAGCAAUUAGAUUUUUCCUUCAAUAACAACCACACAUCUCCUCCAUUGUUCCUACCAUCUUCUUUACCCCAACUGGAUGUAUCCAAAUCUGAAAUCAUGUCAAGGAACAAAACCUCUGAUGACGGCUACAAUUGGCGGAAAUACGGGCAGAAGCAAGUCAAAGGAAGCGAAAACCCGAGGAGUUACUUCAAAUGCACGUAUCCAAAUUGUCUUACAAAAAAGAAAGUGGAGACGUCUCUUGUGAAGGGUCAGAUAACUGAGAUUGUCUAUAAAGGAAGCCACAAUCAUCCCAAGCCCCAAUCCACAAAGCGAUCAUCUUCCACCACUGCAGCAGCGCAUCAAAACAGCAGUCAUGGAGACGGUAAAGACAUUGGUGAAGAUGAAGCCGACGCCAAGAGAUGGAAAAGAGAAGAGAAUGUGAAAGAGCCAAGAGUAGUGGUUCAGACAACAAGUGAUAUAGACAUUCUUGACGAUGGCUACAGAUGGAGAAAGUAUGGUCAGAAAGUUGUCAAGGGUAAUCCCAAUCCAAGGAGCUAUUACAAGUGCACAUUUACAGGAUGUGGUGUAAGGAAACACGUUGAGAGAGCAUUUCAAGAUCCCAAAUCAGUGAUCACAACUUACGAAGGAAAACAUAAACACCAAAUCCCGACUCCAAAAAGAGGUCACACCUCAGGUUUUUGAAUUUUGUUGGCAAAAAUAACACAAAGGUUUUUAAGGUUAUUAGGAAAAACAGAGACAUAUAAUUGGACAUGCGAUUUUAUCCAACUGAUUAGGCCCAAAUUAAGGUUCUUUAUUUUUAUUGUACCAAUAGUAUGGUUUGCGAUUAUUGGAGCUAUGUUCCUUUACUCUAUGCGAGGUUGGUGACACUGAUACAUCAGUUGCUGCGGCAACGGCAACCCCGAGGCCUUUUAAAUUCUUGUUGGCUUUUCUUUAUUUUCAUACAGUAUUAUUUAUUUGUUUUGGUGAUAUGUUUGCUAAGAUGAAACUUGGCUGCAAAAUAAACUUUGGCUCUUGGUUUAGAUACU